AUGGCUCCCGCAACCGCCCGCAAGCAACAGAAGGUCACGAAGAAGUAUGUGAUCAAUUGCUCUCAACCCGCCAAUGACAAGAUCUUCGACGUUGCCGCUUUCGAAAAGUUCCUUCACGACAGAAUCAAGGUCGAGGGCCGCGUUGGCAACUUGGGUGACUCCGUGCAGAUCUCCCGCUCCGGUGACGGAAAGAUCGAAGUUGUCACUCACAUUCCUUUCUCCGGUCGCUACCUCAAGUAUUUGACCAAAAAGUUCUUGAAGAAGCAGCAGCUCCGUGACUGGCUUCGCGUCGUUUCUACCACCAAGGGUGUCUACGAGCUCCGCUUCUAUAACAUCGUUAACGACGAGGCUGAAGAGGAUGAGGACUAA